GGACAACAAACAAAACAACCUAGAUCUAGGCCUAGCUGGCCCACAGAAUUCUUCAUUGUGACCUGGCCUCUCUGAGCGUCUAGGUCCUGGCCGAAGAUCUAGGCCUACCUGGCAAGUUUAGAUGGUUGAACAAGAAUUGUAACUCUGAAAUUCUUUUGAACAAAAUGGCGUCCGGAGAGGCAAAACCUGUAAAUGCUGAAGAGCCAGAGGUGGAAGAAAACGAUGAAGAGGCAGAGGAAAAGGGAAAGAAAACAGCGAAACACGAUGCUGGUGCCGCUGAUUUGGAAAAAGUCACAGAUUAUGUUGAAGAAAAAGAGAUAGCUGCUCAAGAUAUUCAAGACGCAAUGCGUGUGGUGAGUGAUAGACAGAACAGAGAGGCGAAAGCAAAACACGAAAAAGAAAAGGAGCUUUCAAAAGUGAAGAUCAACAAAGAUGAUGUUGACCUCAUAGUUCAUGAAAUGGAAAUCCCAAGGACAAAAGCAGAGAGGGUGUUACGAGAGUACAAAGGAAACAUCGUAGAAGCUCUAGUGUUUUUAACCAACUGAACAAUUUUGUUGCUGCUGAGGUGAAAGAAAUUUAUUGGCGUUGUCAUGAAAAGGGUAUCAUGGAUCUAAAAAAAGGACAUAAGGUGUUAGUGAAUGUGGACAUAAUAAAUUCACUGUUUACACUUGAA